AUGUGUGGCAGGGAAGACGAAGUGAUUACGGAUUUCUUCGACCAGGUCAAGUCCCGCAGCAAGGGUUACGCCUCCAUGGAGUACCAGAUCCUGGAGUGGCGGGACCAGGACCUGGUGCGGUUGGACAUCAAGAUCAACGGGGAGGACGCGCCCCCGCUGUCGACGGUGUGCCACAGGGACCAGGCGCAUCAGAGGGGUAAAGUGCUGACGGAAAAGCUCAAGCAGCUGAUCCCGAGGCAAAUGUUCCGGGUGCCGAUCCAGGCCUGCAUCGGGGUUAAGCCCGUGGCGUCAUCGGUGAUCCCGCCGAUGCGUAAGGACGUCCUGGCGAAGUGCUACGGUGGCGACAUCUCGAGGAAGAAGAAAUUGCUCAACAAGCAGGCUAAGGGCAAGAAGAGGAUGAAGUCCAUGGGCAGGGUCAACGUGCCCCAGGAGGCCUUCAUGGCCGUCCUAGACCUCGGCAACGAGUGA